AUGGCCAACUCCGUGUUUGCAGUUACUGUCUUCUUCAUCUGCUUCCGAGAAUGUCUCGAGAGUACCAUCAUCGUCUCGGUGCUGUUAUCCUUCCUCAAGCAGACCCUUGGGAAUGAAGAUGACAAGACGAUAUACAAACGCCUACUCAAGCAGGUCUGGUUAGGAGUCGUUUUAGGACUAGUGAUAUGUCUCUGCAUCGGAGCAGGCAUGAUCGGUGCCUUCUACAGCCUGGGUACAGAUGCCUUCAGCAGCACUGAGGACAUCUGGGAGGGCAUAUUUGGUAUCAUGGCCUGCAUCAUCAUCUCUGUCAUGGGCGCUGGAUUGCUUCGAGUGUCCAAGAUGCAGUCCAAAUGGCGCGUCAAGCUGGCCAAGGCACUUGAACCACAGGAUAAUUCGAACCUUGGUUUCUGGGGACGUUUCAAGAAAUGGUCAGAGAAGUAUACCAUGUUUCUUCUUCCGUUCAUCACUGUUCUCCGCGAAGGUCUUGAAGCGAUUGUCUAUGUUGGUGGUGUUGGACUGGGUCUGCCGGCCACUUCGUUUCCGCUGGCCGUCGUUUGUGGACUUCUGGCUGGAUGUUUGGUGGGAUACAUCAUGUACCGUGGUGGAAACACGGCCAAGCUGCAGUACUUCUUGGUCAUCUCAACUUGCUUCCUCUAUCUCGUUUCUGCCGGUUUGAUGACUCGUGCUGUGUGGUACUUUGAGAACAACACCUGGAACAAUGUCAUCGGAGGCGAUGCUUCUGAGACCGGCUCUGGUCCUGGUUCAUACGAUAUCCGACAGAGUGUGUGGCAUGUCAACUGCUGCAAUCCCGAACUGGGUGGCGGUGGUGGAUGGGGUAUCUUCAACGCUCUGUUUGGAUGGACCAACUCGGCGACGUAUGGGACUGUCAUCUCGUACAAUCUGUACUGGAUUGUGAUCAUUCUGUCGUACUUUGCGAUGAGAUACGAGGAGCAGCAUGGCUAUGUUCCUGUCCUCACUCCUCUCAAGAUGAGAUACCAGAACCUUACCUCCAAACUGCCAUGGAAGAGCAAGAAGGCGAACAACACCGAAGUGACCGAGAUGGUGGGAAAGAAGGAAAGCGAACAGCCAUCGCAGGUUCUCACCCGACAGGUCAGCGACGUGUAA